AUGGAAGCUAAGCAUGGGUACAAGCUUGUCGUGGGUGUGGACUACGGUACCACCUUCACAGAAAUUGCAUAUGUCCUUACAACUCAUGUAGGUGGUCAAGCAGAUAUUGAUAGUAUCGAUUUGAUCAAGCAGUGGCCUCCAGGUAUUAAUGGUAAGGCCAACACCCCAUCCCUAAUUUCAUACAUGCAGGAUGGAGGAGCCCCUCUCUGGGGCUUUGAGGUCACACAAGACGUGCGAUCAUAUGCCUGGACAAAGCUGCUAUUGGACGCAAACUUUCAAAGUAGCAGCAAGUUCGACGAUACAUUCCUGAAGAUCGCCACUGCUUCAAAGAUUCUGGAGCUGCCUGACCAGAAGGAAGCUGUAGACACCGUGAAAGACUAUCUUUCUCAGAUCUACACACACAUCCAGACCUAUAUCUCCGCCGAACUGGGUCUAAGUGGAGUGCCGAUCGAUUUCUGGUUCACGACGCCGGCCAGCUGGUCCGAAGAGACGCAGAACCUAAUGCAUCAAGCAAUCCAAGGAGCCGGCUUUGGAAAAAGCCCUCAACAUCGAGUGUGGACCAUACCAGAACCAGAGGCUGCAGCUCUUGCUGUUUUCAGUGACAGAAGGGUCAAUUUCGAGGAUAUCACAACAUACUAUGUCACAGAUGUCGAUCCGACAAUCUCUCUUGAGCAGAUCACCACCGUUAUGGGGGCUAAAUGUGGUGGAACUGCUAUUGACAGUCGAUUCUAUGAACUACUGUCUAAUAGGGUUGAAGGGGGAUUCGAUUCCCUAUCCCUGAGCGAGAUCCGACCAGGGAGCCGCGCCAUGGAAAAGUUUGAAAGGAUCAAGACUCGUUUCAAUGGUGAAAUGAGUCGGUCUUGGCACUUUGAUUUCAACUUGAAUUUCCCGUCUCCCAGCCAAAGACGAAGACGUGUUGUCCUUGAACCCGAAGAUAAACCCCGAACGCACGUGUAA